UCUGAUUUUUCUUAAUAACUUGGCCAACCUGGCAUCAUGGCUGCCUUCCAACGUGGCAACGGCUGUGGAGUCGAGUACAGGCUGCCCCCUGGUGGUGGGACUGUGCUGCCCCAUGUCCACAACGCCCACUCAGGCCUUUGUUCAUCCCUUUGCCUUCCAGGUCCUGAGCGUGUGAGCUCCCCGCCCUAGGCUAGAAGCUCCCGGAAGGCAAGGACUGCCUGUCGCACUGCACUUAGAUUUCCUAGCAUCUUGCCUAGUGCUAGGCUCACAGUGGGUCCUCAAGAACAUUUGUUGGGGGGUGGACAUUUGGCCUGGCAUUUAAGCCACCAUGUGAGAUGCCCACAUCCCAUAUUGGAGGGUCUGGUUCAAGUUCUGGCUCUGUUCCUGAUUCCAGCUUCCUGCCAAUGUGCACCCUAGAAAGCAGGUGAUGGCGUGAGUACUUGGGUCCCUGCAACCCAUAUGGAUUGAGUUCCCAGCUGCCAGCCUCAGCUGCCAGCUUCAACAGCUGCUGGCUGUUGCAGGCAUUUGGAGGAGUGAACCAGCAGAUGGGAGUCUCUCUUUCUCUCUCUCUCUCUCUCUCUCGCUGCCUCUCAAAUAAAUAAAUAAUUAUCUUUCAAAAUGUUUAUUGAGUACAGGCAGUCUCCUUGGGAUGCACGCAUCCCACUUCUUCCAGCAUUUAAACGGUGCAAGUGUCACACUGCUUUAGUCUGGCUCUCCAAAGCCAAUCAGCUCCGGUCAUCUCGCCACAUCAGCCCACUUCCAUCCCCAGCAUCUUCACUCUGCGAUUUGACCUCUCCUCCUCUCAAGGGAGGCCGGCGAGGUACCACUCACAAGGCCACUGGGAAGACCACGGACCACCAGUGUCAGGCACUGAAUGUGGCCCUUGUUUUUGUCACAUAACCUGCAGUGCCCUUAUCUCCAAGAUAGCCGGUCUCCCCCUCUUUGCUGGAUGUGUGACUGGGGUUGUUUUCUCAGCCAAGCCCCAGGAAAGAGAUUACGCCAGAAAUCUCUCUUUUCUGAGAAUUUUCUGGGCCCCCUCCUCAGGAACACUGAGAGGGGUGAGCUCUUAUCAGGAAGGUUUGCACUUCUUAUCAAGCCCAUUCGUGGCCCUCCAGGGGACGACUGUAUUUAACAAGCCGCUCUGGAUGGCCACUGCAUGCUCCGCUCGCCUGAGUGCUCUGAACCCAGGAAGGAAGCAUGAAGUGGCUUGGGCUCCUCGGGCUGGUAGCCCUCUCGGAGUGCUUGGUCACAAUCCCUCUGAUGAAGGUGAAGUCCAUGCGAGAAAAUCUCCGGGAAAACGACAUUCUUCUAGACUACCUGGAGAAGCAUCCUUACCGCCCGACCUACAAGUUGCUUAGCGGACAGCAGGACCCAGACGUCUCUUUUGAACCCCUGAGGAACUACCUGGAUCUGGCCUACAUCGGCAUCAUCAGCAUCGGAACGCCCCCCCAGGAGUUCAAGGUCGUCCUUGACACGGGCUCUGCUGACUUGUGGGUGCCCUCCAUCUACUGCUCCAGCCCCGCCUGCGGUAAACACAACACCUUCAACCCUCUGCUGUCCUCCACCUUCCUGGUCUCGGGCCGGCCCAUUAACAUCGUCUAUGGCUCCGGGAGGAUGUCGGGAUUUCUUGCCUACGACACCGUUCAGAUUGCGGGCCUCGUGGACGUAGCCCAGGCCUUUGGCCUGAGCCUGCAGGAGCCUGGCAAGUUCAUGGAGUAUGCAGUCUUCGAUGGCAUCCUGGGCCUGAGCUACCCUAGCCUUAGCUUCGAGGGCAUCACCCCUGUCUUCGACAACCUGUGGGCGCAGGGCCUCAUUUCUCAGAACCUCUUUGCCUUCUACUUGAGCAGCAAGGAAGAGAGAGGCAGCAUGCUGAUGCUCGGCGGUGUGGACCCCUCCUACUACAGCGGGGACCUUCACUGGGUGCCGGUGUCCAGACCUCUCUACUGGCAGCUGGCCGUGGACAGAAUCUCCAUGAAUGGGGAGGCCAUUGGUUGUGACAGUGGCUGCCAGGGCAUCGUCGACACGGGGACCUCUUUGCUGAUUGGCCCGCGGGACCCUGUCCUCAACAUCCAGAAGAUCAUCAACGCCCAGCUCUCCCAUGGCGGCGAGUACAUCAUCGACUGUGACACCAUCAGCACCCUGCCUGACAUCAUCUUCACCAUCGAUGGCGUGGACUAUCCCGUGCCAGCCAGUGCCUACAUCCGCAAGGUGAGGGGCCUGACCUUGGGCGAUGAGCCUGGGAUAUUGGCACCUGCAGGAAUCACUGGGUUGCAGCUGGGAGGAAGAGGCCGCCUGGAGGCCAACCGGUGCCAUUGUAGAUGCUGCCAAGCCCACUGGGGCACCUCCCAUAAAGCUGGUGUGUGCAGACUGUGGCAUCCUUCACCCUCCGUAAAUAUUGAGUGACCUCUUGUGCUGGCGCAGUGCUAGGGAUGAGGAGAGGGGGCGCAAAGGGGCCUGCCCCUGGAAGCUUCUGUUUAAUCUGUUUAACAUGUCUCAGUGACAGGUCAAAGGGAGAGUGACGGGUGGGCUUGGCUAGAACUGUCCCAUCACAAUUAUUACUAGCGCUCCCUCAGAAUUGACCUGGUGUGGAUGAUAAAUUAUACGGCCACCCAAGGCCGAGGCUACAACUGUGCUCCCUCCCCUGUGAGUUAGAGUUACAGCCCCUCCCUCUGCAGGGUGCUGGGGACACGGACAUGAGCAGAGUGCCUGGGGACAACAUGGGACCAGACACACGGAUGAGGCUAAACAUGUCAGGUCCCCAUGAGAGUCCAGGGGAGGCUGAAGGGGUUAAAAGAGAGUGUGAGAAUGAGAUGUUAUUCAGCCAUUAAAAAGAAAGAAAUCCUGUCAUUUACAGCAACAUGGAUGGAACUGGAGGGUAUUGCAUUACGUGAAAUAAGUCUGGCACAGAAAGACAAAUUCUGCUUGUUCUCACUCAUUUUAAGAUUUGUUUAUUUAUUUAUUUGAAAGGCAGAUUACAGAUAGAGGAGAGGAAGAGAGAGAGGAAGAGAGAGAAAGGAGGAGAGAAGGAGGGAGGGAGGGAGAGAGAGAGAGACAGAGACAGAGACAGACAUAUCUUCCAUCUGCUGGUUCACUCCCCAAAUAGCUGCAACAGCUGGGGCUGGGCCAGGCUGAAGCCAGGAUCCAGGAGGUUCAUCUGGGUCUCUCUUGUCUGUGAGGAGGCCCAAGCACUUGGACCACCUUCUGCUGAUUUCUCAGGUACAUUAGCAGGGAGCUCGAUCAGAAGUAGACAGCUGGGACUUGAACCAGUGCUCAUAUGGGAUGCUGGUGCCACAGGCAGCGUCUUAACCUGCUACGUCACAAUACUGGCCCCACACGCGUGUUCUCACUUCUAUAUGGAAGCUAAAGCAAUGACCUCAAAGAAGUAGAGAACACGAGAGUGCCUACCAGAGCCUGGGAAGAGCGUGUGCACAGGGGUGUGGGGAAUGGGGGAUGAUGGUUAACGGGCACAGGACGGAGGAAUAACUUCUAAUAUGCUAUGGCACAGUAGGGUGACUAUGGUUGACAGCAAUGCAUUGAAAAUAUCAAAAUAGCUACUAGAGAGGAUAUUGAAUGUUCUGAACACAAAGAAACGGGAAACAUCUGAGAUGACAGACAUGCCCAUCACCCUGACCUGAUCCUGGCUCACUGUAUAUAUGUAUUGAAAUAUCACACCAUACCCCGUACAUGUGAACAAUUAUUUGUAUACAGUUUCAACUUUUUUUAAAAGAAGACUGUGAGACAGGGAGAAAUUGGACAUUUCCUUUUUUUAAAUUUUAUUUAUUUACUUAUUUUAAAGGCAGACUGACAGAGAAACCCUUCAUCUACUGGUCCACUCCCCAAAUGGCCACAAUGUCUGGGAGCAUCCGGGUCUCCCAGGUGGCUGGCAAGGGCUUAGGCAUGUGGGGCAUCUUCUGCUGCUUUCUUAGAUGCAUUAGGAAGGAGCUGGAUGGGAUGUGGGAUGGCCCAAGGGGCAGCUGGGACUGGCCCUCCCGUAUGGGAAACUGGUGUCACGUCAGCAACACUCACAAUACUGGCACCAAAGCUGAACUUAUCUAAGGCCACAGACUCACAGAGGCAGGACUGGGGCUGUCUGUGUUGGGGGCGGUCUACCCCAGGCUCCAUGCAAACAGGGUCCCAGGGAGCUGGGAGGAAGAGGCCCCCCUGGAGGCCACACUGUGGGAGAGGGCAGGCGUGUGAGCAGCCAGGGUAUCUAGCCCCACGCAGCCCGAUGAGACCUUAGACCCAGGAUGCACCGGUGCCAGGGACCACCGAGGAACAUCACCUGGUCUGGACUGCAGGGCUGAGGAGGUGGGGCACAGGACCAGGCAGGCUCCCCACGGGGGUCCUUGCGGAAGCCCACCUUCAGGAGUGAGCAGGGGAGAGGGGGACAGGGAAGGGUGUUCUCUGCAGAGGGAACAGCCCCACAUGGGUCAAAGGUGACAGCACAGGCGUGGGUGGCCGGCGAAGGUGAGGGCUGACCGCCACGUUUCCAUGGUCUCCAGAGCUCAGUGCAUGGCUGCUACAGCAACUUCGACGAGAGCGCUGCCCACGAGUCUGAGCCGUACGAGGUCUGGGUGCUGGGAGACGUCUUCCUGCGGCUCUACUUCACCGUGUUUGACCGGGCCAACAACAGGAUCGGCCUG